AUGGCUUCGGAAUCUCCUAGUGCUGCUCGUAAAGUCGUUGUUCACCUAAGAGCCACUGGGGAUGCCCCAAUUCUCAAGCAAGCCAAGUUCAAGAUUGCUGGGACAGACAAGUUCAUUAAAGUGAUUGAUUUUCUUUGUCGUCAACUUCACAGGGAGACAUUGUUUGUGUAUGUCAACAGUGCCUUCUCACCAAAUCCAGAUGAAUUAGUGAUUGACCUGUAUAAUUAUAUCAGUAGCCCGUCACUAGUGUGCCACAUCUACGUAUGAGCAAAAGCUGGACAGUUAAUUACUGGAGAACCGUAAGCGCAACACAACUUAUCUCCUGGGAGACCGACUUUCGGUACAGUAGUACCCAGCUCAAUAUCAGAAUUAGAAACAGCAAUGAAGUUGCUAUUUUUCCAAAAGCUCUGUUUGGUCUGACAGUCUGAGUCCCAAAAUUUCAAUUGUUCAAUUGUAUCUCAUCCAUUAAGGACCAUGUGCUCAUUUCCACUGGGCCCAUGUGCCAAUUCUGAGUAAUUGAGUACCAAAUAUUUCAUUUCCACACGGGUGUGUAUGUAUUAUAAUUCUUAUCAAGUAUUGUGUUUCCUCUAAUUCAAGUUUGGGGAGGUGAUUGGGAAUUGUGGAU